AUGGGUGAUGACUUUGUGAGGGCUUCGGAGUUGGGUGGCCGGGACAUUAUCAAAGGCCUCCCCAGAAGUCUGAAGAUAGUUGAUUUAUCCGCGGAUUUUCGGCUUCGAGAUGUUGGGGAAUAUGAGGAAUGGUAUGGUCAGCCUCACAAAGCCCAAGAAUUACAGAAGGAAACUGUCUAUGGGCUAACCGAGAUAUCCAGGGCCGAAAUCCAAAAUGCACGCUUAAUUGCAAAUCCUGGCUGUUACCCGACUUCUAUUCAGCUUCCUCUUAUUCCAUUAAUAAAGGCCAAUCUCAUCGAAGUUAAGAAUAUCAUUAUCGACUCGAAAUCUGGUGUUAGUGGAGCAGGGCGUGGGGCUAAGGAGGCAAAUUUGUACACCGAAAUAGCAGAAGGAAUACAUUCUUAUGGUGUCACCAGGCAUCGUCACGUACCAGAAAUUGAACAGGGUUUAUCAGAGGCUGCAAAAUCGAAAGUUACUGUCAGCUUCACCCCGCAUUUAAUGCCAAUGAGUCGAGGUAUGCAAUCUACUAUAUAUGUGGAAAUGGCCCCCGGAGCAUCAACAGAGGAUUUGUAUGAGCAUUUACGUAGUUUUUAUGAGAAUGAAGAAUUUGUGAUUUUGUUAAAGAAGAACGAGGUUCCUCAUACUCGACAUGUUAGAGGAUCCAACUACUGCUUGAUAAAUGUAUUUCCUGAUAGGAUCCCAGGAAGAGCAAUAAUUAUCUCGGUUAUUGAUAAUCUUGUGAAAGGAGCUUCAGGUCAGGCAUUGCAAAACCUGAACUUGAUGAUGGGAAUUCCAGAAAACACUGGGCUCCUAACCGUGCCUUUGUUUCCUUAA